AUUUAUAAUCUGAAUCUCUCUCAUGUGUUACUGUUACUGCAACAUCAUAGGCAAUUAAGCCUUUAUUGUUUUUUCUUUCACAAGACAACUUAAACAAGACGAUCAAAAACUCGAUCAAGAAGAGAAAUUGAAAUGGCGGUAGAGGAGCCACAGAAAUUAACAAUACCAAACAGUGAAGAGACGCCAAACCGUAACCCUAACCCAAACCCUAGCGACGUUAAAGAAGAUGAGGUGGAAGAAGGAGAGAUCGUAGGAGGAGAGGGGGAGGAGGAAUCAACGGCUAAGAGUGCGUUAAUAUACGAGGCGCAUCCGCUGGAGCAUCAAUGGACUUUCUGGUUCGAUAAUCCGUCGGCUAAAUCAAAGCAAGCCACUUGGGGAAGUUCUAUGCGUCCUAUUUACACUUUUGCUACUGUUGAAGAGUUCUGGAGCAUUUACAAUAAUAUACAUCAUCCAAGUAAGCUGGCUGUGGGGGCUGACUUUCAUUGUUUCAAACAUAAAAUUGAGCCAAAAUGGGAGGACCCUGUUUGUGCUAAUGGAGGAAAGUGGACAUUAACCUUUCAAAAAGGGAAAUCUGAUGGCAGUUGGCUGAACACGUUGCUGGCUAUGAUCGGAGAGCAGUUUGAGCGUGGAGAUGAAAUAUGUGGAGCAGUUGUCAGCGUCAGAGCUAGGCAGGAAAAGAUAGCUCUUUGGACUAAGAAUGCCGCAAAUGAAGCUGCUCAGCUGAGCAUUGGAAAACAAUGGAAGGAGCUUCUUGAUUAUAAUGAUACUAUUGGAUUUAUAUUCCAUGAUGAUGCAAAGAAGCAUGAGAGAAGUGCCAAGAAUCGCUACACGAUAUGAGUUGUACAGAGCUUGCUGUAGUCCAGAUAAUUCGUUAGGAAACAUCUUGCCUUGCUACUGUUCAUUAGGAAUGUAGAACAUCUUACAAAAACAUUUGAUGAAUGCUUCUGCUACAAGAAUUUCUUCCGGAUAUGGAAGUACUAUUUUCACUCACGGAAUCAGAUUGAUGUUUCGCUCA